AUGUCACCCGAGUUCAGCAUCGACGAGUCAUCUCUUCCGUCCUUCUUCCAAGCCCAAUGGCAAUCCAACCCUGAUCCAACGGCGCUUCCGUUUCCACGUGACAACCCACCUUUCCCCCUCACCGCAAUCGACUGGCAGCAGCUCUCCCUUACGGACGCAGAAUUCACACCUCACUCAUGGUCCAACCUACACGAACUCAUCUCUGCAAACCAGCUCGAAGAGCUCAAACGCUGGCCCAGCUCCCUCAAAGCAUAUCUCGCAUGGACGGCGCACGCCAAAGCAAAAUACGGCAGCAUAAUGACGUACCUCCUCGACCAACGCCUUCACUGGCAGCCCAUUGAGGAUGACACGGGCGCACUACGUUUUGACGUCGCCAACCCCAUCCCCUUUGCCGACACAGCAGACUUCAAGAUUCUCCGAAACGACUGGACGUACGCAUUUGAAGAUGGCAUCACGCAUAUCGUCGUGUGGCUCAAGCAGCGACUCCCCGUUGAUGCGGAGGGCGCGCUGAGUACUGAAGGCAAGCGAAUGGUGGAUGCGUUUGUGGAUAAAGAGUUUAGGGCCAAGUCCGGCGAGGACGUGAAGGGUGAUAAGGUGAUUUGGUUUAAGAAUACGACGAAUUUGCAGAGUGUGAGGAGUUUGGAGCAUGUGCAUGUUUUGGUGAGGGAGGUGGAGGCGAGGGUGUUAGAGGGGUGGAUGAGGUGA